CGUUAACGCUGAUGUGACUCACUGUGUUUCAAGGAUGUGGUGCAACACUUAAUUUGCGAUAAGGUAUAUAACAAGAUUGCAUGCUACGCAGAUGCUAGAUUAUUUCGAUUAUUUUAUGUGUAACCGUACAACUUCACCAUGAAAAACCUUUUUGGGAAACACGUUGCAAUACAGGAAGCUGGAGUGCCUUGCGGUGUUAACCUGUGGGACCAGACCAAGAUUGAAGUCCUGCUGGAAGGACUUAGAUUGGCUGGAACACAGGGUGAAUUCUACUUACAAGAAAAGGAGGACCCUACACAAGAUGAUGCAGACAUAAACGCUGACAAUGUUUUCACAGUCUCUGAGAAAAUGCAGUGUUCCAUGUGCUCGGUCACAUUUGCAGGGAGAUCUGAACAGAAAGAACACUACAAAAGUGACUGGCAUAGGUUUAACUUAAAACAGAGAUUGAAAGAUUUGCCUGCUAUUACAGAGGACACCUUUGAGGAAAUAACUGGAGACAUUUCCAGCUUAUCUGCUUCAAGUGGCGACUCCUCAGAUGAGGAUAUCUCCAUAUCUCUGCCUCCAAAAUCUGAAGAGUCUGUAGCUGAAACAGAGGAUGAUAUUCAAGACAGGAGACAUCCAAAGGUUUUCUUCCAGAAUGCUAAUCAGGAGCUGCUGUCUUUGUACAGAUGUGUGCUUCAUGGAAAGCAGGCUCCAGUGGCCAGCAGCUCAGAGUACGUUCCUGCUGCACUAAAACUGAGAGAUCAGAAGAUGUGGGCAAUGUUUAUGAUAGGGGGCGGCCACUUUGCUGGGGCCAUUUUCAACGAAGGCAAAGUGGUAGCUCACAAAACCUUCCAUCGCUACACUGUCCGCGCCAAACGUGGCACAGCCCAGGAUGCACGAGACGCACAAGGUAACGCACCCAAGUCAGCCGGUGCCACGCUCAGGCGGUACAACAUAGCUGCCCUCACCCAGGACAUCCAGUCACUGAUUGCAACAUGGGAUAACCAGUUGAAAGAGUGCAGCAAGAUAUUUUUACGGGCCCCUGGUAAUAAUAGAAUGAUUUUCUUUGGAGGAAAGUCUGCUCCGUUUAGGAGAAAUGAUCCCAGGAUCAGCUUUAUUCCCUUUGCGACGAGAAGGCCGACAUUUAAAGAACUUCAGCGGGUAUAUCACCUGCUGGCUUGUAUUACUUCUUAUGGACAAGUAGAAGACAUACUCCAAUAUGUUCCCCAGAAGCCACAAGCUAAAUCACUAAAUGAAAGCAAAGAGGAGACCACACCCAAUGCUGAUAGCUCAGAGUUACCAAGGUCUGCUGGAAGCUCACCAUUGAAGAAGAACAGAGAAGGGAAGCAGAGGAAGCAGAAACAGAGGCAGAGAGACCCUGAUGAAGAUCUGGUGUCAUCGUCUUCUGAGGAUGAAGGACCUAUGAGUCUAGUAGAAAUGAGUCUAGUAGAAGAGACACUCACCACUGGAGAUCUGAAAGAGUUUCAAGCAACUAGAAAACCUAGGAGGGCAAAGAAGAGGAAAGAGAAGAAUGAGGAGGCAGUGAAAUCUUCCCCACAUGCACAAGUUGAUCCAUUCUGCAAUAUAAAGGACACUCUGUACACUGCAUGCAAGAUGGGGGACAGUGAAAAGCUGCCUGGCAUUUUUUCACAAUUAGAAGCAGGGCAGCCAUCUUUAACCCAGGAGGAUUUUGGGAAGGUCAUCACCAUGGGAACAUCCUCAACAGAAUGUCCUGUUGAGGGGGAAGCAGAAGUAGAAGCAAAAGAAUUACAGCCUUCUUUAACCAAGGAAAAUCCUAGCAACAGUGCCAAGAAGGAAAUACCUUUACAAGAUCGUAUUGUGGGAGAAGAAAUAAAAACCUCUGACGGGACACUUGCGUCAGUGCUGAACACAUUAGUGGGUGCCCAGCAGGAGACGUUCCUCCACUUAGCAGCCAGGAGUGGUCAUUGCGCUGUGAUAUCUCUACUGCUGGAGGCUGGAGCUGACCCUUCUGUAAAAAAUAGCAAGGGACAACUGCCAUACAAUGUGUCCUCACAGAAAGAAGUAAGAAAUGAGUUCAGAAGAUUUUUGGCCAAAUUUCCUGAAAAAUAUGACUAUGCAGCAGCACAGAUCCCAGGACCCCUUACUAGUGAGAUGGAGGCAGAGAAGAAAGCAAGAGAAGCAGAGAGAAGGAAAGCACAGAAGAAAGCAAAGAGAGAAAGAUUAAAGGAUGUGAAAGCAGCACAGGCACAGCAACAGGCUGAAGAGGCAGAGAAGAAGAGAUUUCUACAGUUAAGUGACAGAGAAAAGAGAGCUCUGGCAGCAGAAAGGAGGUUUGUACAGCAGGUGCAGGACACCAGUGGUGAAAGACCGGUGCUAAGGUAA